UUCUCCUACAAAUAAUUCAGCUUUUCGAUACACAAAAGUCCCCAAAUGGUCAUGAAGUCUUUUCUUCUAACCCCUUUUGCUCUCUUCUUUAUUGUUCUAACCUUCUUAUCUCCAUCAUGGGCAGUUUCUACUAAAAAACAUGAAGCUUUUCUCCAAUGUCUUUUCAAUAAAUCUCUAACCACUAAUUACUCCAUUUCUAAUCUCAUUUACACUCCCAUCAACUCCUCCUUUUAUUCAGUCUUGAAUUUCUCCAUUCAAAAUCUUAGAUUUUCAAGGAAACAAACCCCAAAGCCACUCGCCAUCAUCACUCCUUCACAUGUUUCACACAUUCAAGCAGCCAUCAUUUGCUCCAAAUCCCACGCCCUUCAAAUUCGAAUUCGUAGUGGUGGCCAUGAUUUCGAGGGUCUUUCUUACGUCUCCGACGUCCCAUUUAUCGUUGUUGACCUAAUAAAUCUUAGAUCUAUUACAAUUGAUGUAGAAAAAGAAAAUGCAUGGGUUCAAUCUGGGGCAACUCUAGGUGAAUUCUAUUAUAGAAUUGGUGAGAAAAGUCGAACACUUGCUUUUCCUGCUGGCUCUUGUCCGACGGUGGGCAUCGGCGGGCAUUUAAGCGGUGGAGGAUUUGGAUGGUUGAUGAGAAAAUAUGGUCUUGCUGCUGAUAAUGUAAUCGAUGCUUCUUUUAUUGAUGCUAAUGGGAAGGUUUAUGAUAGAGAGUCAAUGGGGGAGGAUUUGUUUUGGGCGAUUCGAGGUGGCGGGGGAGGUAGCUUUGGAAUUAUUGUGGCAUGGAAGGUGAAGCUUGUUCGAGUUCCAGCGACGGUGACCAUCUGUGGAAGUAAAAGAAGUUUGGAGGAAGAAGAUACAAUCAAGCUGAUACAUCAAUGGCAAUACAUCACUAACACAUUGGAUAAAAAUCUUUUACUUGGCAUUAGUCUCACUGGUGGGAAUUUAACUCAAGAAAGUGGCAAAACAAACCCAAAUGCUCUAUUUUCCUCUUUCUUUUUAGGAAAGGUAAAUGAGCUUAUGCCAAUUUUGGACACCAAAUUUCCAGAACUGAAUUUGUCUAAGGAGGAAUGUUCAGAAAUGAGUUGGAUCAAAACAGUUCUAGUAAUGGCUGGCUUUCCAACACAUGAACCCUUUGAAGUUCUACUCAACAGAACACCUCUUUUUGGUCUAAGCACCAAAAUCAAAUCUGACUAUAUCAAGAAACCAAUGUCUGAGGCUGCAUUCAAAACUAUGUUGAAAAGAUUAAAAGCUGAAGACAUAGAAGUUGCACAAAUUAUGUUUAUUCCCUAUGGAGGAAGAAUGAGUGAGAUUUCCAAAUCCGAAACUCCUUUCCCACAUCGGGUUGGAAAUAUAUACAAACUUGGUUACUAUGUCAAGUGGAAAGAUCAAAGCAUUGAUGCAGAGAAAAGACAUCUAAGUUGGAUACGAGAUAUUUAUGACUACAUGACUCCUUUUGUCUCAAAAUCGCCAAGGGCAACGUAUAGUAAUUAUAGAGAUCUUGACAUUGGAAUCAACAAUAAAUAUGGAAAAGCAACCUAUAGUCAUGCUAGGGUUUGGGGGUUCAAAUAUUUUGGGAAGAAUUUUGAUAGGUUAGUGCAUGUUAAAACUAUGAUCGAUCCGAAUGAUUUCUUUAGAAAUGAACAAAGUAUACCUGCCCUAAUCGACAUAAAAUACAGUGUAAUUUAAUAUGUUAAGCUAUGUUACUAUGUCGACGAAGGGGCAAAGGAAGUAUAGUUCAAUAAUAAUUAACAUGUGUGUACCUUU